AUGUCAAGGGGGGGCGUAGGAGAGGUGGAGGGCGCGAGGGGGAAGGGGAGGCGUGAAAGAGGGGUAGGCGCAGAAGAAGGGAGUGCGGGAGAUAGCGCAGCCAUGGAGAGAGCAGUGGCACCUUGGUACCGCGAAACAUCUGGCAGACCCGAAUGGUUGCUGCUGAACUGCAGACCUAGAUACACUGCAGAGCUAAAGUCAGCAGUGCUGAUGCAGGACAAUGUAAUAUGUACAGAUAGACACAGAUUGUUGCUGAAGGACAGCAGUCCUAUCAUGGAGCUCGUCCGCAGUGCUGUUGCAGAGCUGAUAGGAACUGCAGUGCUUUUGUGGCUGGCAACCUCCACCUGUGCUCAGUUCCCUGGCAACGGGUCUACUCUGCAAACGUCUCUCACUGUAGGAACAGCUGUCUCUGUGCUUGUGUUUGCUCUAGGCCAUGUCAGUGGCUGUCAUAUCAACCCAGCUGUCACUGUGGCAUUCACACUCUCAGGUCGCACAUCAAUUGUCAGGGCUUGGUUGUAUAUCCUUGUUCAACUCCUUGGAGCUGUGGCAGGCACGGCAGUUUACAUUGUGACCACUCCCUCAGCAUUGCGAGGGGUGGGUUUUUGUUCUACUACGGUGAACCAAGCCAAGGCGGUGUCCUGGGACCAGGCUCUUGUGGUGGAGUCCUUCUUGUCCGGUGUCCUGAUCCUUGUUAUCUUGGCUGUGACAGACAAAAGGCUGGCAUGUCCUGCGAGUUCAGGACCUCUCAUAGUGGGACUUGCUGUUGUGGCUGACUUCCUUAUGGGGUUGCAGUACAGUGGGUGCAGUAUGAACCCAGCAAGAUCUUUUGGACCAGCAAUUCUGAGUGGAUACUCCACUAAUCAAUGGGUAGAUUAG